GAACGAUGUUGAUAUUCUUCCGAGGUAGGGGACUGCUUGGUAUCAAGAUGGCAGACACCAAGGCAGAGUUCCUCUUGAUUUAUGGAAAUUUUUAAGUUGUUCACCAAAAUGCCAAGGACGAUAUUGACAUGGAAAAGAUUCUCCACCGAGAUUGACAUGGACGAUAUUGUCGGCUCAUCGGAACAAAGAUCUAAGCCUCACAUGAACCUAGAUGACGAGGAUGUCAUUCCACACCCGAUCAAAAAAAAGAAAGCAAAAUCAAUUGCGUCGGGUUCUGGGUCCAACUUUGUUUCCUCUCACGAUGAUACCAGGCGACAAAUGGUUGAACAAAUGCAGUUGUUUAAUCUUUGGGAAGAUGAGAGGGAGAAACAGAGAAUAGAGAACAUUUUCAACCUCUUCAACCAGAGAGAUCAAGCAUUGGUGUUUCACAUAUUGUGCUCAAUAUGGAAGACCCGAAAUGACAGAGUUUGGCGGGGUAAAAACUCGACCCCAAUAGGUACGUGGCUAAAAGCUAAAGCUCAUUUUGAGGAGUGGUGGUCGUUAGCUCCGCCAAUGGUAGGAACGCCAGUGGGGGUCACAGGAAGUUCACGGUCAAGACCACGUGAUGGAUUUGUGAAGGUUAAUAUUGAUGCAUCCACAGGCUUGGUUGAUGAUAUGAUGGGAGUGGGUUUCAUCGCUCGCAAUGACCUUGGAGUAUUUUUGGCGGCUAAGAAUAAAUCUUUUAGGGGCAGCUACGGUCCCAAGGAGGCAGAGGCGGUGGCAGUUAAGGAGGCCCUUAGUUGGAUCAAAUCAAAAGGUUGGAUGCAGGUCGCAGCCCGUCGUCUCCCAGUAAUCGUCGAGUCACAAAGCAGCUCCCAAAAGAGCUGUAAACGGAAUCGGCAACCAUCUCGCUCCAAGGAAUCGGCAGCCAUCUUGCUCCAAGGAAUCGGCAAAUCGCUCCGAUCUUUCUCGUCGGUUCUUGACGAGCCAUACGGCGGACCGCCAUCUCCUCGGCGCUUCCUCCGACGAACGACGGCCUCUACGUCGAAGUUUUGUCUCAGACAAAUAGAACACCAAACUCAACAAAGCAUCGGUGCUUCUUCACAAUCAACUGCAAACACUAAUGUUAUUACUUCCGAAGCAGUUGUUCCAGAUCAAGGUACAGAACUCAAUGCUAAAAAAAGAAAGUUGACUUCUCGGGUUUGAGAUUAUUAUGACAGGGACUGUCUUGGAGGUGGUAAAGUUAUUGCAACUUGCUUGGGAUGUAAAUGAAAAUUCGAUGGAUCAAGACUGGUACUACUCACCUGAAAAAUCAUAAUGAUGUUCGCCCUCUUUCUAAGAAAUUGGUUGAUAUUAU